AUGCGGUGGUUACCCACGCUUUCCUUCUCGCCUUCGAGUUCCUCGUCGUCCGCCGCUGCCGUCGACAACCGCCGGAAGGCUUGGUUAUUCGGAACUUCGUCCAAGAAGCGCGCCUGCCAAGUUGUCGGCGAGCAAGAUGCCAGGUGGCACGACGACGAUUCCCUCGGCACGCCUCACCCCUUGCCCUUGCCGGAGCUCGCCGCCUCCCCCACUGCGCUCCGUGGCAGAGACGGCAAGUGUCGUCUUCCCUCGCCCAAGGACCCUGCUAUUCGCGCCGCCACCACCGGCUUUCGGAUGCGGAGUGUUUUUGCUAGUCAAGACACGAGAAGGAAUGUGGAGCAGCCUGAAACUAGGUCAUCGGGAAUGGUGCAUCAAGAUGCGAGUGGUUGUGGUGAGAGUGCUCGAGAUAAUAGUAAUAGUAAUAAUGAUAACUUGGUGAGCGUUCCUCGUAGGAGGAGUAUUUCAGGUAGUCCUUUUGCAAGUCCUACAAUGAGUCCCCAGAUUACAAGGAAUGGUGAUUUUGUCCCAUAUUAUUAUGCGAGUCCCAAAGGAAAUCAGUUCUGGUCUGCACCUGAAACGUCUAUCUGUGAAACAGGGUUGGUACCUCCUGCCUUCUUUGAUUUAUCCGUCUUAGGAACAGAAGCUUCUCCUUCUCCCACCUCCCAUCAAAGUCCACAGAGGAAAAGUCCCAAGAAACACGCCAGAGCCUUGAGUGGACCUCCAUCCCCGAUAUAUUCCAAGUUAUUACUUGAAAUCUCAACGAUGCGCCGUGAAAGUAAUGCUCCUCCUGUCAGUGUUCACCCCUUGCCCCUGCCUCCAGGGGCUGCCUUGUCCUCUCCACCAGCUACUGGUACCUUUUCCCAUGUUAGGUCAGAAUCAUUGCCAAUGAAAAACCAAUGGCAGAAAGGGAAACUUAUAGGGCGUGGGACAUUUGGAAGUGUUUAUGUUGCAACCAAUAGGGAAACUGGAGCAUUAUGUGCAAUGAAGGAAGUAGAAAUAUUUCCUGGUGAUCCAAAAUCUGCUGAGUGUACAAAACAGUUAGAACAGGAAAUUAAAGUUCUUAGCCAGCUAAAAAAUUCAAACAUUGUGCAGUAUUAUGGCAGCGAAAUAGUUGGGGACCGGUUUUACAUUUAUCUGGAAUAUGUUCAUCCUGGUUCAAUUAAUAAAUAUGUUCGUGAACAUUGUGGUGCCAUAACAGAAUCUGUCAUUCGGAAUUUCACUCGCCAUAUUCUAUCAGGGUUGGCUUAUUUACAUAGCAAAAAAACAAUUCAUAGGGACAUCAAAGGAGCUAACUUGCUUGUUGACUCUGCUGGAGUUGUUAAGCUUGCUGAUUUUGGAAUGGCUAAGCAUCUAAAUGGUUUCGAAGCUAAUCUUUCUUUGAGGGGAAGUCCAUACUGGAUGGCUCCAGAGGCUGUGAUGCAAAAGGAUAAGAGUCCUGAUCUUGCUUUUGCUAUUGAUAUUUGGAGUUUGGGUUGUACCAUCAUUGAAAUGUUCACAGGGAAGCCUCCUUGGAGUGAAUAUGAAGGAGCUGCAGCUCUUUUUAAGGUUAUGAAGGAAACCCCUCCUAUACCUGAAACACUGUCACCUGAGGGUAAAGAUUUCUUGAGGUGCUGCUUUAAAAGAAAUCCGGCAGAGCGACCAACGGCUGCAGUUUUACUAGAGCAUCGAUUUUUGAAAAACUCUCAACAGCCUGAUGUUUUAUCUCCCACUAAGCUGUAUAAUGGAACAAGCCUCCUGGACAAACCACAUAGUCCCAUUAAACAAUCUGAAUAUAAACAUGAUCAGUUGUCAAUCUCCUGUGCAAACAUUGCCAAGGGUAAAGCAGCUGACAGGCGUGGAUUUCUCAUUCCUUCGUUAGAUAUUCUUCCUGCAUACUUGGGCCAAUAA